CAAUUCCAUUUCUGACCCGUAAUUACUCGCUGGCAUUUCCGACAAUAACCGAUGGGGAGGAGGACUGUUUUGUUUACUAACAGUCCUCCUCCCUGUCAGCUUGGGCACAAUGCUCUGGAUGGCUAGCAGUGUGAUUACAGAGAAACACACACACACUGCCCCCUAGUAAAACACUCCCUGCACACAGUUAACCCUUUGAUCGCCCCUCAUGUUGACCACUUUGUGCCCAGUGCCAUUAGUACAGUGUCGUUGCUUUUUUUUAGCACUGAUCACUGUAUUGGUGUCACUGGAGAUGUCAGUGACACCAAGUCAGUUCCCUCCCCAGGUUCAGAAUGUCCACCGCAGUCCCGAAGUCCCGCUAUAAGUUGCUG